UCUGGAUUCUGCUGAACAAGAUGGCGGCCUCCUCAGGGGCUUGAAUCUGGAGACAAGAAGUCGUGCCACAGUCACCAAGCGAGAAAUCAACAUGAAGAGUUAAAGUUCCCCGUAAUUUUCGCUUGUUGGAAGAGCUUGAAGAGGGACAGAAAGGAGUAGGAGAUGGUACUGUCAGCUGGGGCCUUGAAGAUGAUGAAGACAUGACACUCACAAGAUGGACAGGCAUGAUCAUCGGACCAGCACGGACCAACUACGAAAACAGAAUAUACAGCCUCAAAGUAGAGUGUGGACCUAAAUAUCCAGAAGUACCACCAACUGUUAGAUUUGUAACAAAAAUUAGUAUGAAUGGAAUAAAUAAUUCCAAUGGGACGGUGGAUGCGCGUAGCAUACCAAUUCUAGCCAAGUGGCAGAAUUCAUAUAGCAUUAAAGUUGUUCUUCAAGAGCUAAGGCGUCUAAUGAUGUCCAAAGAGAAUAUGAAGCUUCCACAACCACCAGAAGGACAGACCUACAGCAAUUAAUCGUAAAUAAAUUCUUCUGACCCUCUGUCUUAAAAAUUAUUCUCUUAAAAAAUAUCUUGUAAAAUUUUCACGAUGCUCACCACCCACACAUAAAUACUUUCAUCUGCAGGUGCAGGAUUGGGAUGUUUGUUAAAUUCAGACAAAAGUGUUGAAAAAAUAAAAUUGAGUAACUAGAACUGCACAGUUAUUUUCUUCUAUUGGAGGCACUUGGAUCCUAAGCUUGAAGUAUGUGACAUUAAGUUGGCUUACUGUUAAGAGGGAAGCAUGACACAAAAGGUCAGGUCAUUGCAGAGCUAUUCAAAUUAAAAUAAUUGGUCUCAAUAAGAAACAAAAUUAGGAUGUGUAUAUAAUGGCAUGCUUUAAAACAACAUCUUAAUAAAAAAAAAAAGAGCUGCAAAUUAAGUUGUAUGUUAGUGAAAUCUAGCGGGUACACUGAAAUAUGUUUCAGAUUUUGUUCAUGAAUAUUAGUGUGGCUGUAGACUACUAGUUGUGUCACAGAGUGUUCAGGGUUGUUUUUGAUGUCUGUAUUUAUGACACAAUACCAACUGAUUUCUGUAAAGCAGCUCUGUGCAACAUGUAACGGAUAUUGCAGACAUUUAAGUAUUUGUUCUAAAAAUAACUUGCAUUUAACUUUUAGUGAAAAUAAAAAAGACAAUAGGUGUAUGAAAAUGUGAUUUUCUGAGAUUAAAUUCAGUCUCUGAGAUUAAAGUAUUGAUUUCCUGUUUUCUACCAAAUGUAGAUGAUGAGGGUACAUUCUCCAAGAACAGAAAAAAAGACUGGUUAUAUCUUUUAUUGCAGUGCAUGAAGGGAUGGAAUCAGGCACUAACUGUAAAAGGGAAUUAUUAGGAGCUGCUUCCAGUUAAAUACUUUUGACUGGGUGACUGCUUUAGUUGCUGUCUGGUAGUGUUUUGGUGAAGUGCUGACCAAGGCCAGACAUCUAAACAUAUUCAAAUCUGGAGAUUAGGUUUCAAUUUCUUGAAGAAAAUUUUGACCAUACUUUAGCAUUUCCAUUAGUCUUAGACCUUAUAGGGGUUGGAUUCCAUCUAUGAAGCAAGUCCUACAGAACUAAGCCUUUAUUCAAAACACGAUUGCCAAGCAUCUGCAUUAAAUUGUAUUAGUCUAUGUAUUUUUUUUUUUUUUUGUAACAGGUGAGGAAUAAGUCUUGGUUCAGAAACUCAAACGCAAUGACUGUCACUGGUAAGAUAAACGUCUCCCCUAGAAUGAGACUUUGAGUUGAAAUUAGGUUAUGAAACACCUGUAAUAAAUUCAAUGGAAUUGGCCACGUUGUUUUCUUUGAUUUUGUG